AUGGCAGCAGCUCAAGACUAUCACACUGUGCUGGUGACGGGCGCAAAUGCCUUCUACGCCGCUGCCAUUAUGGACGAGCUGGUGCAGAAGGGCGUCAAAAUCCAUGCAGCAGUAAGAAGGGAAUCGGCAAGAACUCCCCUGGAGCAGCGAUAUGGUUCCAGCAUUGUUGUUUUCAUCGUACCUGACAUAACGGUUUCCACGGCAUUCGACGAAGCUGUUCGAGGUUGCGAUGCCGUCUUUCAUGUUGCUUCGCCCUUCAAGUACAAAUUCAGCGACGCAAAAGCUGAAGUUCUGGAUCCCGCAAUAGAAGGAGCGUUGUCGGCAUUGAAAGCCGCAGCUAAAGAACCCAACGUUCGUCGAGUGGUAUUUACCAGUUCCGUUGCGGCCUGCAUUGACCCCGUUCACGCUACUGGCUUUCAUCGUCCUGGCUACACGUACACGGAAGCCGACUGGAACCCAUUGACAUAUGAGAAAGCAUCCACGUAUACCAUUUUUCCGCCGGUGUACACGGCGUCGAAGGCUCUUGCGGAGAGAGCGGCAUGGGAAUUUAUGAAAGCGGAAUCAAGACAUUUUGACAUGGUGGCCAUCAACCCCUGUCAUACUUGGGGCUCUUAUGGUCAGCAUGUUGGUUCAGCUGCAGAUAUGAACUCAACCAACUCGGAUCUGUCGAAGCUCAUCGACGGCCAAGAGAAAGACUUGCCUCGAACCAUUAUGCCCUGGAUGACUGAUAUAUCGGAAGUUGCACAAGCUCACAUCAAUGCACUGUAUCGGCCAGAAGCUAAUGGGCGAUAUAUCGUCGCAAACCAUGCGUAUGAUUUCCAGCAGGUCGUCGAUCUACUUCACCAGGAGUUUUCGAAUUCGAACUGGAUCCAAAACGUGCCUCGUGGCACACCGGGCACAAAGGUGCUGGCAGAUCACUUUGUGCUUGACAACACCAGAUCCCGAAAGCACCUUGGCGUUGUCUAUAGGCCGUGGAAACAAAGCGUUAUUGAUUUUGCGAGGCAAUACGAGCAGGACAGGCAGGCAUUUUCCAACGGUGCUGUGAAAACAGCUUGA